AUGGACCUGUACCACACACCAGCCAGAGCUCUGGACAAGCUGGUGGCCCACAGCCUGUACCCAUCCCCUGAGUUCACAGCGGCUGUGCGGGGCGCUCUGGGGUCCCUGGACAUCACCCUACGGGAGCGGGGAGCCCCAGGGUCCCAGAGACCAAGGGUGAUAAGGAUCGCCAAGGGAGGAGCCUAUGCCCGGGGCACAGCUCUCAGGGGUGGAUGUGAUGCCGAACUUAUUGUCUUCCUCAACUGCUUCAGGAGCUAUGGGGACCAGAAGACCGGUUACACAGAGACCCUGGGCACCAUGCGGGCGUUGCUGGAGUCCUGGGGACGCCACCCUGGGCCUGGCCUGACCUUUCAGUUUUCUGAGCCAAAGGCGUCCGGUGUCUUGCAGUUCCGGCUGACGUCAACAGACCAGGAAAACUGGAUGGAUGUUAGCCUGCUGCCUGCCUUUGAUGUCCUGGGACAGUCCCAUUCUGGAGUCAAGCCCACACCUGAGGUGUAUGCCUCCCUCAUCAGCAGCGGAUGCCGGGCCGGGGAGCACGCGGCCUGCUUCACAGAGCUCCGAAGGGACUUCAUCAACAUACGCCCAAUCAAGCUUAAGAACUUAAUCCUGCUGGUCAAACACUGGUACCGCCAGGUGCAGACACAGGAGACCACAGGGGCCACACUGCCCCCUGGUUAUGCCCUGGAGCUGCUCACCAUCUUUUCCUGGGAGCAGGGCUGUGGGAAGGACAACUUCAGCCUGGCCCAAGGGCUCCGGACCGUCCUGGCCUUGAUCCAGCAGAACAAGUACCUCUGCAUUUUCUGGACAAAAAACUAUGACUUUGGGGACCCUGUGGUGGGGAAGUUCUUGAGAAGGCAGCUUGAGAGACCCAGGCCUGUGAUCCUGGAUCCAGCUGACCCGACUUGGGAUGUGGGCAACGGGACAGCCUGGCGCUGGGAUGUGCUGGCCAAGGAGGCUGAAUCCUGCUUUAAUGGGCAAUGCUUCCUGCAGGCGUCUGGAGUGCCUGAGCAGCCUUGGGAGGGGCCGGGCCUUCCACGUGCUGGCAUCGUGGGUUUGGACCACCCCGUCCAACACAGGCUUAACCAGGCCCUAAAAGACAACAAAGGUCACAGUGCUGUGCAGUCAAGGGCAGGGAGUCCGCAGCCUUCACAUCCAGCUCAAAGACUCCUGGAAGCAGCCAUCAAGGUCGCUCCUAUGCAGAACCCAACAGCCUGUAAAGUCAGCCAGAACCUCAAAAAGGCAGCACCACCAAGGACUGUCCAUGAAACAGUGCUGAAUGUCCCAAGUCACCUUCAGAUCACCCAGAGCACACCAGCCUCAAAUGUGCCUCUUGGCCGCUCAGGGGCAGCCAGCAUCUCCACCCCUGGGUCAGUGAUGGGCCCAGAUCUGUCACAGAUCCCCAGCAAGGAGCUGGACUCCUUCAUCCAGGACCAUCUGAGGCCGAGUCCCCAGUUCCAGCAGCAGGUGAGGCAAGCCAUUGACACCAUCCUGCGCCGCCUCCGAGAGAAGUGUGUGCACAAAGCCUCCAGGGUCAGCAAGGGAGGCUCUUUCGGCCGAGGCACGGACCUCAGGGGUGGCUGUGAUGUGGAGCUGGUGAUCUUUUAUAAUGUCCUCAGGGACUUCAAGGACCAAAGGUCCCACCAAAAAGAGAUUCUGGAUGACAUUCGGACCCAGCUGCAGUCCUGGUGGCAGGACCCGGUGCCUGGACUGAGCCUCCAGUUCACUGAACAGAGCAGGCCCAAUGCUCUGCAACUCCAGCUAGUGUCCACAGACCUCAACAGCUGGGUGGAUAUCAGUGUGCUGCCUGCUUUUGAUGCUGUGGGGCAGCUGAAGUCUGGCAACAAACCUCAGCCCCAGGUGUACGCCUCCCUCGUCAGCAGCGAAUGCCAGGCCGGGGAGCACGCGGCCUGCUUCGCAGAGCUCCGAAGGAACUUCGUGAACAAUCGCCCGGCCAAGCUUAAGAACCUGAUGCUACUGGUCAAACACUGGUACCGCCAGGUUGCCACUCGCGAUAGAGGAGGAGAGGCAACAGGCAGCGCUCUGCCCCCAGCCUAUGCCCUGGAGCUCCUGACAAUCUUUGCCUGGGAACAAGGCUGUGGGAAACAGGGGUUUAGCAUGGCUGAAGGCCUGCGGACCAUCCUGAGGCUGGUCCAGCAGCACCAGUCACUCUGUGUUUACUGGACAGUCAACUACAGCGUGCAGGACCCGGUCCUCAGAGCACAUCUUCUCAGCCAGCUUCAGAAAGCCAGGCCUCUAGUCCUGGACCCUGCAGACCCAACCUGGAACGUGGGCCAGGGCAACUGGGAACUGUUAGCUCGGGAGGCGGCAGCUCUGGAGUCACAGGUCUGCCUUCGGAGUGGAGAUGGGACUCCUGUACCACCCUGGGAUGUGAUGCCAGCUCUUCUUCACCAGACCCCAGCUGGGGACCUGGACAAGUUCAUCAGCGAAUUCCUCCAGCCUGACCGUCAUUUCCUGACUCAAGUGAAGAAAGCUGUAGACACCAUAUGUUCCUUCCUGAAGGAAAACUGCUUCCGGAAUUCUCCCAUCAAGGUGCUCAAGGUGGUUAAGGGCGGUUCUUCUGCCAAAGGCACGGCUCUACAAGGGCGCUCAGAUGCUGACCUGGUGGUGUUCCUCAGCUGUUUCCGCCAGUUCUCUGAGCAAGGCAGCCAUCGGGCAGAGAUCAUUUCAGAGAUCCAGGCUCAGCUGGAGGCGUGCCAGCAGAAGCAGAAGUUCGAUGUCAAGUUUGAGAUCUCCAACAGGAAGAAUCCCCGAGUGCUCAGCUUCUCGCUGACAUCGCAGACACUGCUGGACCAGAGCGUGGACUUUGACGUGCUGCCAGCCUUCGAUGCCCUCGGCCAGCUGAGGUCCGGCUCUAGGCCUGAUCCCCGGGUCUACGCAGCCCUCAUCCAUAGCUACAGCAAUGCAGGCGAGUUCUCUACCUGCUUCACAGAGCUGCAGCGGGACUUCAUUAGCUCCCGUCCCACCAAACUCAAGAGCCUGAUCCGGCUGGUGAAGUACUGGUACCAACAGUGUGACAAGAUGGUCAAGGGGAAGGGCUCCUUGCCCCCCCAGCAUGGGCUGGAGCUCCUGACCGUGUAUGCCUGGGAGCAGGGCAGCCAGAACCCCCAGUUCAACAUGGCAGAGGGCUUCCGCACUGUGCUGGAGCUGGUUGGCCAGUACCGCCAGCUGUGCAUCUAUUGGACCAUCAACUACAGUGCAGAGGACAAGACCAUCGGGGACUUCCUGAAGAUGCAACUUCAGAAGCCCAGACCCAUCAUCCUGGAUCCAGCUGACCCAACAGGUAACCUGGGCUGCAAUGCCCGCUGGGACCUGCUUGCCCAGGAGGCUGCAACCUACACAUCUGCCCUGUGCUGCAUGGACAAGAACGGCACCCCCAUCAAGCCAUGGCUGGUAAAGCUAACCCUGGGCCCUGCCCCCCACCCCCACCACCACACCCAGCAGAGCCCCAGCCCUGCCAAGAAGCCACUGUCUUCCCCAGCAUCCCUCUACCUGCAGAGACCCACCAACUGUGGUCCAGCUGUGUUCCCCAUGUAA